AUGCAGAGGUGCCUAAUAAUUGUUGCUUCAGUCCAGCCAUCUUAUGGGGGUUCAUAUAUUGGACAUUGUGGUGGAGAAGAUUGUUCCAUUUGCCGAUGCUUUCCUGAAAAAGGCUCAAGAGGGCAACCUGGUCACCCAGGAGUCCAGGGUCCAAUUGGUGCUCUGGGUUCCAUUGGACCUGUUGGUUUGCCAGGAGAAAAAGGCCAGAGAGGUGAUCCUGGUUUACCUGGGCCACUUGGUGAAAGAGGAAAUAUGGGUCCAACUGGAGUUCCAGGAUUUUCAGGUCUAGAUGGAAUGCCUGGGCUACCAGGAAUUGAAGGACCCAGAGGGAAGCCUGGGGCAGAUGGAUGUAAUGGUUCAAGAGGUGAUCCAGGACUUCCAGGAGAAAGUGGAUGCAUUGGACCAAAAGGGUCAUUUGGUAUUCCUGGCCAAAAAGGAGAAAAAGGAAACUCCAUAUAUUCUGAAUUCAUUCAAGGAUCAACUGGAGAAAGAGGGGAUCCUGGACCUCCAGGCAUGCCUGGUCCUGGAGGAAAAAAGGGACCCAGAGGUCCAUCUGGAUUUCCAGGCGAACUGGGUGAGCAGGGUUUUCAAGGUCAACCUGGUUUACCAGGUGAUCAGGGGAAUCCAGGAAUUGGAGUGGAAGGACAAAAGGGAGAGCCGGGUGAUGUAGGACCCCCUGGAUCUCCAGGACAGCCGUUACUUGUUGGACCACCUAGUUCUAGACUAUUAAAGGGAGAAAAGGGAAUAAAGGGAAUGCCUGGAUCUACUGGCUCAAGAGGAUUGUGUGGCCACAAAGGUGCAUUUGCAAUUGGAGACAAGGGUGAUAAAGGAAUUCCUGGUUUUCCUGGAAAGCAGGGAAUUCCUGGCUCAUAUGGUCCUCCAGGUUUCCCAGGAAACAAGGGUAAAAUCGGAACACAUGGAAUUCCUGGUCAAGAUGGCUUGAUAGGCAUUAAGGGGGAUCCUGGAGAGAAUGGGCAGCCUGGGCCACCCGGACCUCGAGGAACUGCACUUACUGGACCAAAGGGUAUUCAAGGAGACCCCGGAGACCCUGGACUUCCUGGAGAGAGAGGAACAGAUGGAAUGCCUGGUUCUCCUGGUGUCAAAGGAAGGCAAGGGGAAGAUGGACUCAGCUUUCCUGGUCCUAAAGGUGCAUUGGGUGUAGAGGGUCCUCAAGGCUUCCAUGGAGGCCCUGGUUCUUCAGCUCAGUCUAGUACAGCUCCAGGAAGGCCAGGAUCUCCAGGAUUACCUGGUUUUCCAGGAGUACCAGGAAAACAGGGCUUGCCUGGGCCACCCGGUGUUGCCUGUAAGGGGAGAGGGUCCCCUGGAGAACGAGGAGCUAAAGGUCAAAUAGGAUUACCUGGAGAAAGAGGUGGAAAAGGAGAGAAAGGAAAUCCAGGGAACUGCUCGUGUGGGCUUGGCCCUUGUGGUCCACCUGGCAAACAAGGUCUGCCAGGGAUACCUGGGAGAAAAGGAGAAGUGGGAACACCUGGAAAAUAUGGAAGAAAAGGUGAUCCCGGUUUUCCUGGUAGAAGAGGAGAACCAGGAUCCUUAGGAUUGCCAGGUCCAUUUGGACUGACAGGUGAAAAAGGAGAUAAAGGUGACCCGGUUGAAAUAAGGAUCAAAGGAGUAAAAGGACAAAGAGGUGUUCCAGGAAUACAUGGAUUUCCAGGAAUAAAUGGAGCUGCUGGCAAGACAGGAGAUGGAGGAUUGCCGGGUGAUAAAGGGAUUCAAGGAGAAGAUGGAAGAAAUAUACAAGGUGAUAAAGGAUUUCCUGGAGACCCUGGAAUUCCUGGCUCAAGAGGUCAAAUGGGGACACCAGGUUUGGGGAUUCAGGGCCCACAAGGUGUCCCAGGCCUACCCGGAGAUCCAGGAGCCCCUGGUAUGAAAGGAACAUCUGGGCCAAAAGGUCAAAAAGGCAUUACUCUUCCAAGUGGAAGAGCAUAUCCUGGGAAUCCAGGUAUACCAGGAUUUAAAGGUAUACCAGGUCCAAAAGGGUUAAGAGGCCCACCUGGCCCACCUGGACCCAAUGGUUUUGAUGGUUUCAAAGGCCAGAAGGGUAGACUAGGAACAUCAGGCAAUCCUGGUCCAGAAGGUUUAAGGGGUGAGACUGGUGAUCCAGGUGAUCCAGGUGAACAAGGUUCAAGUCUGGAUGGCCCUCCUGGAUUGCCAGGCUUUCCUGGGCUUCCAAGUCCAAAAGGUGUUCCAGGUGACGCUACCUACAGCCCUCCAGGUACUCCAGGCAAAAGUGGUCUUCCAGGGCUACCAGGUUUGCCAGGCCUAAGAGGUGACCCUGGUUUUCCUGGGCUUCCAGGGCAACCUGGCACACCAGGACUUCCAGGAGCUAAAGGUGUCCGAGGCCAAAAAGGUGACACAGGAGUGAUGGGUUAUCCUGGAUCACCUGGCCUGGCCUGUGAGAAAAUAUUGGAGGGGCUACCAGGACCAUCAGGCUCUUUUGGAGCACAAGGACCUAAAGGAUUGAAGGGUGUUAAAGGUCCUCAAGGAGAUAUGGGAGCACCAGGUCCAGCCGGAAUGAAAGGAUUGCCAGGAGCCCCUGGGAUCCUAGGACCACCUGGCUUUCCAGGCUUACGAGGAGAUCCAGGAUUUUCAGGGGAAAAUGGACUGCCAGGUCUUCCAGGAACAAAAGGAGACAAAGGAUCCCAAGGCAUGCAAGGUUUCCCGGGCUUCCCAGGAAAUGCAGGAGAAAUGGGAGAACCAGGUGUAAAAGGAGUGGAAGGAAAAACUGGUCUGUCUGGUCCCCCUGGAGAAUUUGGGAGAAAGGGUUCCAACGGUGAACUGGGAUUACCAGGAGACAAGGGCAGCAUCAGUAUCUUGCAAGUAAAAGGACAAAAUGGAGAACUAGGCUUUCCUGGUGAUGAGGGAUUACCAGGGGUCCAAGGUGAUAAAGGCAAUGUUGGAUUCAGAGGAAUCCCGGGACCACCAGGCAAACAAGCAGCUCCAGGCACUCAAAAGGGCCAGCCGGGCGAUGCUGGAGACUCUGGUUCCCAGGGCCCGCAAGGUCCCCCAGGGCCUCCAGGUGUGACAGGGAUAAUUGGUUUCCAAGGACAAAAAGGCGAUCAGGGUGCACAGGGACCAUCAGGUCCUCCUGGACAUCCAGGAUUAGGUGGCCAAAAAGGAUCAAAAGGUAGCAGAGGUGACCCAGCCACUCAUUAUGGGGAACCUGGCAAGAAAGGCCCUAUAGGAGUUCAAGGAUUACCAGGAUUUCCUGGAUUACCUGGAGACCAAGGUACAUUAGGUCUUCGAGGAGAACCAGGAAAACAGGGUUCCAAAGGGUUGCCUGGAAACUCAGGAAUACCUGGAUUCCCAGGUGCGCAGGGAGAUGCAGGAUUUCCAGCACCUCCAGGUGAACCAGGUAACCCUGGUGUUUUGGGAACUCCAGGUUUCCCAGGAUCACCUGGUAACCCAGGUAGAAAAGGCUUAUCGGGAUCACCUGGAGUAAAUGGCAUAAAUGGACAAAAAGGUCAAAAGGGUUUGCCAGGACCCCCAGGUUUAAGUGUAAUGGGACCUCCAGGGUGCCUAGGAGAACAAGGGCCAAAAGGUAACAGAGGAGAACCUGGACUUCCAGGAAGUACUCAACUAGGUCCUCGAGGAGACAAAGGUCUAAGAGGUCCUCCUGGUAAGCCAGGUGUUCCUGGUUCUGCUGGCCUUAUGGGUCAGCCUCCUGAAAUUAGAACUUGUGGCUUUCCAGGAGACCAAGGUCCAGCUGGCUCAGAUGGCAUUAGAGGCCCACCAGGCAAACCUGGGCCCCCAGGAAAAAUUAUACUUAUUAAAGGAGAUCCAGGGGACUCUGGUACUUUGGGCUCACCUGGUGUUCCUGGUCCAUGUGGUAAACAGGGAACUAAAGGUUUUCCAGGAAACCAAGGAAGAAAAGGCUCAAAAGGUCUAAGAGGGAAGCCUGGUCUGCAAGGACCACCUGGUGUCCCUGGGGAGCCUGGAGCUCAAGGUCUUCAGGGGCCAAUUGGUCCCGUGGGCCAAAAGGGUGAUCCAGGAGAACCUGGAAAAGUUGAUUACUCAUCUUGUCCUAAGAUUCCAGGGCCUCCUGGAGUAUUAGGCCCACGAGGACCACCAGGCUUUGUAGGAUUAAGAGGGCCAAUUGGUUUUCCUGGACCUCCAGGAAAUAAAGGAGAAGAAGGUUCAUUAGGUGAGCAAGGGCUAGAAGGCUUGCUCGGACCAGCAGGACCUGAUGGUGAUCAAGGUGACAUGGGAGAAAAAGGAAACACAGGGCCACAAGGUCCUCCAGGCCAAACUGGGAUUCCAGGGCAACCAGGAUCAGCAUCCACAUGGAGUAGUGGGUUCCUGCUUGUUUUGCAUAGUCAGUCAGAAACAGAACCGUUUUGCCCUGAGGGAAUGACAAGAUUAUGGACUGGAUACAGUCUGCUGUAUUUUGAAGGGCAGGAGAAAGCCCAUAAUCAAGACCUUGGUCUGGCUGGAUCCUGCCUUCCAGUGUUUAGCACUAUGCCUUUUACCUACUGCAAUGUCAAUCAAGUCUGCUACUAUGCAAGUCGAAAUGAUAAAUCUUACUGGCUUUCAAGUGCAGCUCCUUUGCCCAUGAUGCCCCUCUCAGAUGAAGAAAUAGAGCACUAUAUUAGUAGAUGUGUAGUAUGUGAAGCUCCUGCCCAAGCUGUUGCAGUUCAUAGUCAAGAUCAAUCCAUUCCUUCUUGUCCACCAAACUGGAGAAGUCUUUGGAUAGGUUACUCAUUCUUAAUGCAUACAGGAUCUGGUGAUCAAGGAGGUGGACAGUCUCUCAUGUCACCUGGAAGCUGCCUGGAGGACUUCCGAUCAGCACCCUUUAUUGAAUGCCAGGGUCGACAAGGAACAUGUCACUUUUUCAUGAAUGAAUACAGUUUCUGGCUAGCUACUGUGAACAAUGACACACAGUUUUUAUCAUCCCCUAUCUCAGGGACUAUCAAAGAUCAACAAGAACAACGCCGAAAUAUCGGCAGAUGUCAGGUUUGCAUGAAAUAUGCCUAGUGGAUACUGAACACUUCUUGAACAGAAAUAAACCUAUUUUUUCUCAUCUUGGUGCUCUGUGUCAGUAUUACAUUUACAAACUGUCUCAGGAAUUAUGAGUUGUAAAAGGGUGUAUUUAAAUGACAUCCAGGAAGUAAAGAACUGUAUAAAUCAACUGCAGUAGAUGAGAGAUGAAUACCAGCUUUGUAGUUUUUCUUAACUCAUUUGUAAUUUUAUUUAAGUUUGGGGAAUCCAAGUGAUACCAUCAAUUGACUUAUAACCAUUUUCUUUCCUACUUUAGUUAGGUUUGUUUUUCCAGACAGAAAACCUUCUACUAGAAAUACCACUUCACUUAAAAUAUUUAUUUUUCUGCAGCAGUGAGAAAGCAGAGAAAGGUUUAUUUAUCUUGUCUUUUCAGUACCUGAGUGAUACAUCUAUGUAUUUAUAGUAUUUUGAAUCUGCAUAUAUACCAGUGAUAAAUUGUCUACCUUGUUUAAGAGAAAAUUUAUCAAAUUUUACACUUUUAAGGAACACUGGAAAUGUAAUACUGCAAUACAGGCAAUUCUUUACUCAUCACCACUUGUUUAAUGACCAAAGUUACAACGGCACUGAAAAAAGUGACUUAUAACUGGUUUUCAUAUUAUGAUCAUUGCAAAAACGCUUUGGUCACGUACCAAAAUUUGGGCACUUGAUAACUGGCAUCUAUUUAUAGUCAUCUGAUCACUAUUUUUAAGCUUCCCAGCUGACUUCCAACAAGCAAAGUCAAUGGGGGAUUCAGAUUUAUUUAACAGCUACAUGAUUCACAUAACAACUGCAAUGAUUCACUUAACAACAUUGGCAAAAAAGAUCAUGAAAUGGGGCACAACUUAAUGUCUCACUUAGCAACGGAAAUUUUGAGGUCAAAGAUGGUAGUAAAUCAAGGACUAUAUGUAGUCAAUAUUCAUUAUCUUAGAAAUUAUUAAGUGUCUGGCUUGGACAAAACAAAACCAAAGUUUUUCUGAGCAAAAUGUGGCAAUAGGUUUGUUUAGACACAAUAAUUCGUUGUUCUCACCCUUUUCAUCUCAUAAUUUAAAAAAAUGGAGGUAGACAUUGCUUUGUGGGUAGUUCUAAAGCAGAAGUAUGACAAAGUAUCCUGAUUAAUUCAGGUGUAAUUUUCAAUAGUUUUUAAGUUAAUUCCAUAAAAUAUUUUAGUUUUAGUUUUAAGUAUCUUAAGCAAUUCAAGAUUCACUGUAAACUAAUAUACAGUAGAUAUUAAUAUCAUCUCAGUAACAGGGCUACUUAUAUAUUAAAAGCUGGACCUUUCCUGAAAAGUAACAUUUUCAUUUUGGAGACCAUGCAGUUACAUGCCCAAAAAUGUAAGCUCUCCUGGACAAAUUGUAUAUUUCAAUGGAAGUGUACAGAAGUUAUUCAUUUUACAACACAAAGCAUAAUAUUAAUUCCUUCUGCAGACUUGGUCUACAUACUAUUCAAGGCAGAUGUGGAGGUUAGGGCAUCUUUCCAGUUCAUAAUUUAUGACAUCUAUUCAGUGGAAACACCAGCUUCCAAUGUUUCCUGUAACUAAUUUAGAAUCUUCCUGUUCCUUUUCGGGAUUUUUUUCCCCAGUCCUACAUAACUCUUCUACCUCACAGCUCCAACCAAUA